AUGAGGAAGGCGGGUGCCACAUCUAUGUGGGCUUCAUGCUGUGGACUGCUGAAUGAAGUCAUGGGAACUGGAGCUGUCAGGGGCCAGCAGGCAGGAUUCACCGGAAGCACCGGUCCAUUCAGAUUUACACCAAAUUCUGAUUUUUCCACUACUUACCCACCAGCGCCUACUGAAGGGCCUAAUGUAGUUUGCAAAGCCUGUGGACUUGCAUUUUCAGUCUUCAGAAAGAAGCACGUAUGCUGUGACUGCAAGAAGGAUUUUUGCUCUGUUUGCUCAGUUUUACAAGAAAAUCUUCGUAGAUGUUCCACCUGUCACUUAUUACAAGAAACAGCCUUUCAGCGCCCUCAGUUAAUGCGACUGAAAGUGAAGGAUCUGCGGCAGUAUCUCAUUCUUAGAAACAUACCCAUUGAUACCUGCCGAGAGAAAGAAGACUUGGUAGAUUUAGUGCUGUGCCACCAUGGGCUGGGCUCUGAGGACGACCUGGACACCAGCAGUCUGAAUUCCUCAAGAUCCCAGAAUUCUAGUUUUUUUACACAUUCAUAUUUUUCAAGCUACACAGCCCCCUCUGCUACCAUGUCUUCAUUUCAGGAAGAACUAAUGGGUAGAGACCAGACCUUAGGAUCUGGAGCCUUGGCACAGGUACAAAGUGAAAUAGCAUCAGCAAACACAGAAGAUGACGACGACGACGAUGAUGAUGAUGAUGACGACGAUGAUGAUGAGGAAGAAGACAACUUGGAGGAACGGGCGCCUGGCCUCUCCAAGAAGAGAUUGAGAGCUUCGCUGUCUGACCUGUCAAGCCUUGAAGAUGUGGAAGGGAUGAGUGUGCGCCAGCUGAAGGAAAUCCUGGCUCGGAAUUUUGUCAACUAUUCUGGCUGUUGUGAAAAAUGGGAGCUGGUAGAGAAAGUAAACCGCUUAUACAAAGAGAAUGAAGAAAACCAAAAGUCAUAUGGCGAGCGGCUGCAGCUGCAGGAAGAGGAGGAUGACAGCCUGUGCCGGAUCUGCAUGGACGCCGUCAUUGACUGCGUCCUGCUCGAGUGUGGGCACAUGGUCACCUGCACCAAGUGCGGCAAGCGCAUGAGCGAGUGUCCCAUCUGCCGCCAGUAUGUGGUGCGGGCCGUGCAUGUGUUCAAGUCCUGA